AUGACCGGCAGGCGCUGUGGGCAGCAACACCGAGCGGCGGCGGAUGGAAACAGGAGGAGGGCGGCGAGGCAGCCGCGCCAGCGCAGUCUGGACGGGCCGCUCUCGCCUGCCCGGGCGGAGCUACCAGCCCCUUCGAGGAGAGGCCGAGAGCCGCCCCAGCGCCGCCGCCAACCGCGACCGCCGGCCCGCCCCCGGCACCGCCUCACGCCGCACGGCCGAACCGGGAACACUCUCCGUGGUACUGCCUGCCCAGAAACACCGCCCCCGGCACCGCCUCCCCCCUCGGUACCGCCUGCCCAGAAACACCGCCCCCAGCACCGCCUCCCCCCUCGGUACCGCCUCUCCAGCACGGCCCGUCCCGGCGGUGGCGGGUGGGGCGGCCGUCACGGCAGGGUCGCUCCGCGCCGCACAGGACACGGGGGGGCGAUGCUCUGGGGCCUCGGCGGGAAGCUCGUCCCGGUGUGGGAGGGCAGCCGUGCCCCUCCGGGAUGGACCAUCUCGCCCAAGCUGCACCGGCAACCGGGUAGCGGCAUCGUCCGGGCGCGGGAGUGUUAAUCGCGUUUUUUGUAAAUAUCAUAAGUCGCCUUUAAAGCCUUUGGAUUUGGCAAAAGCUUCUUAAUUUGGCUUCAAAGUCACUGAUUGGUGAUUUCUAAGGACUGGUCUCGCAGCCCCGCGUCAGCUGCAAGGAUCGGGAGCCUCAGGCUGCCCGGCCAAGGGCCGCUGUCCCUGGGCUGUGGCCGCUGCCCGCUCCGCUGCCGGGGUGCGGGCACCGGGUGGCCUGACCGCUGUCGCAAUCAGCAGUUCUGGGAGUGCCGGCUGUGCUCUGGCAAAGCUAUCUGCGUGUUUGGGCUCCGUUACCUUGGGCUCUGCUUGUUUGGACUCUGGGGUCAGUUCGGGACUUGGCUGGGAGGGGGCACAGUAACAGCAGUCAUUCCUGUCCAUGCAGUCUCUGAUUUCCCCACCUCUUUAUUGCCUUCCGAGACAAUUUAUUGCCUUCUCAGACAGGUAACGCGCAUUGCUGUGCUAGAAUAAAACAUGUAAUUUAGCUGAUAUUGCCAUCUGCUGACAGGAACGCAGACUAGUCUGGGUGUCAGAGCAUCACGGGCUGGCGUGUUGCUCGGCAGCCUCCUGGGGGUCGCGUAGUCCAGCUUCCCGCUGAGAGCAGAACCCGGCUAGAGCAGGUGGCUCAGGGAAUUGUCCGGCUAUGAAUAGCUUCGGAGAUGGAGAUUUCACAGCUUCUUUUGACAAACUCUUCCACUGAGUGACCACACUUGGAGUAAAAUGUCUUUCCUGUAUCUAACAAGAUUUUUACAUCUGGAGGCUGUUGCCUCUUAGGCUAUCAUGGUGCCUGACUGAGAAGGGUGUGACUCCUUCUUCUCCACACAUGCUCCCGUUUGGUAGCUGCAGCGAUUAGCAAGAUGUCCCUAGAGCCAGCUUUCUGCUUCGGGCAGAGAAAACACAGCUCACAUCUCCAGCAGCCCUGGCAGUAAAAUAGAUUCUGGUACUUGCAAGGACUGGGAACUAUGGUGAGCAACACCCUGCGCCAGCACAUGGGAAAAUGGGAUGUUCUCCCUGAGGAUGUCUUGCAAUCUGUGUGCAGACAAGCUGCAACAGGUAAGCGAGAAGUUUCACCCAGUUUCUCACACCUCUGUUUUUUUGUA